GAGGAUCAUCGUGGAGAUUCGGUGAAGGUGAAUCACAGACAGAAACAGAGAGACAGAGAGAGAGAGAGAGAGAGAGAGAGGGGCAGGAGGGAGCAGCACUUAUUACAUGAGUCUCCUCCUCGUCUCCACACCUCAGCUGACAAGUCGAGCGAGCCUGCAACUUCACCGCUGACAGCACAACUAAACUCGUAAAGGACAAAACAGAGGAAGAAACACGCAGAGAGGCGUUAAGAGUUUCCAGAGGGGACCAUAGUUUGCAACAACGCGGAACCCACAAGGCUAUGGACAGGAGGAUGAACUUGAACGGCGGCGCAGCGGACAUUUUUCACAAAACUCUGAGCGCCGUGUCCACUAAAAAAAUGGACCCUUUCAGAUCGUCGGCCGGCAUUGAACUACCAGCUAGAGACCGCCAGUCACCGAUCAGCUGCUUUGACCAGACCGAUCCAGACCCGAUUCAGCCGGGUGGACUGGCGGGAGGUAGAGGGGGGCAGCUGGGUCUGCCGACUGGAUCUUUGUGCGUCAAGUACGGAGAAAGUGCAAACAGGACCUCGGCGGCGGAGAGCAGCGGCGGAGAGCAGAGCCCCGACGAUGACAGUGACGGCAGGUGCGACAUGGUUCUUCUAGCCGACGGGCGGACGAUGGCCGGGGGGAAAGCAGAAGGAGGUAAGAAAACCAAAGAGCAGAAAUUACUGAGGCUAAACAUCAAUGCCAGAGAAAGACGACGGAUGCACGAUCUGAACGACGCGCUGGAUGAGCUCAGAGCGGUCAUCCCCUACGCGCACAGCCCGUCAGUGCGGAAACUCUCCAAAAUCGCCACUUUGCUGCUCGCCAAAAACUACAUCCUCAUGCAGGCGCAAGCGCUGGAGGAGAUGAGGAGGCUAGUGGCGUAUCUCAACCAGGGCCAAGCCAUCUCUGCUGCCUCAAUACCGGCCACCACUGCGCUCGCGGCACCCGGCUUGGGCGCAUACGAACAACCGCCCGGAUACCCCUUCUCCACCGGGGUGGCUGCGUCCUCCUGCCCCGAUAAAUGUGCCCUAUUCAACAACGCCACCUCCAGCCUCUGCAAACAGUGCACUGACAAGCCUUAACUGCGCCUGACAAAGACUCAAGAGAAGCACAUGAGAGAACAGACACCACUUUUAAGAACACUUUUGGAGAGGAAAACCUGUGAGGCCACUGUUGCUGAAGUCAGUAGGCUAGAGACAAAGAAGUAAUGCCGACGAAUACUUUUAUAAUAUUUACUAAAUGCAUUCAAAACGCUCUUUUGUUCAAACAAUACUUGAUUGUGUAUAUAAAUCAUCCUUAAAGUGCUGGUAUGAAUGACAGUGAAGACCAAACAGAAGUACAGUAGGCCUGUAAGAGUGGCUGAAAGUGUUGAGUGAGUUGUUGAACACUUGCUCUUGUUAUGGACCCUUUUGGAGAUUUUGGUGACCUGACAACUCGCGACCUUUUCACUUGAAUAGAUGGACACCUUCUUGGAGAGUUAGUCCAACCUCACUUUUCUGCUGCUUCCUCAUUCAUUUCCGAGUUUUCUUUGACUCACCUCAGAGACUUUUUUUUUUUUUUUGCUGAUUGCUUACUGGUUCAAGGCCUGUUGUCAUGAACUUUGCUGUUGAGCACGUGGAAUGUCAUGAACAGGGCAGAGUUAAAUGAAAUAGAUGACAAGUUAAGUGGUUUAAUCAGUCAGAUAUUUAUGUGCUAAUCCAGACACUUGUUAAUAGCUGCGCACGCCUAUUACAAUUCUUUUUUGGGGGAGGGGGCACUGUGAUAUAAUAAAAUUUCAGAAAAAUUUAGAAAACCUGAAUCAAGGUUCAUCAGGUGUUUCGAUGUGUCUUUUGUAAUUUAUUAAUUUGGAUAUUUAUAUUGGAUAUUUCGCUUGCAUUGCACAUUGUAGUUUCUCCUUAGUUGCUGUAUUUUCUUUGCGUUUUCUCUCACAAAAUGAUCGAGGUCUUCAGAUUAAUCGCGUUGUCAGGUCAAGCUGUGGAUUACUGUAGAUACCUUAGUUAUUAUAUGAGCAAAGAGGGCCAUUUGUAUGUAUUUCAGUGUUGAAAAGCUUUAUUAAAAUAUUUUGAACAACAGAAAUACUUCUGAUUAUUCAUCUAAUGCGAGGGGUAGUGGAAAUAGAACCACAUUUAACUUUUAUUUUAUGUCACUAGAAUUUUC